AUGUUUACCUUGAUAUCGACUCCACAUACUCGAGCAAAUGAGAAGAAAAGAUUGGCAUACUUUUUCCUGUUUUGUGGAAUUUCUGGUUUGAGCAUGGGACCACUUUUGGAGCGUGUGAUUGCGAUUGAUCCAUCAUGUGUGCUGACGGCGUUGUUGGCGACGACCACGGUGUUCGGUUGCUUCUCACUUGUGGCUCUUCAUGCUCCGUCAACGAAGUAUAUACAUAUGGGAGGUACCCUUGCUUCCGCUGGAUUGUGCCUGUUGUUCGCCGCAUUCUUCGCCUCAUACUACGUCAUCAUUCUUGGAGGGCUUGCAUUGUCAUGCGCUUUUGUGGUGUACGAUACCCAGUUGAUUGCGGAGAAAUCUCGUCGUGGAGAUGAUGACUACAUCUGGCACUCAGUGGAGCUCUUCAUCGAUUUUGCUAACAUUUUCAGGUGUGUUAUUAACAAGUUUUCUUUACAUUUUAGGCCAUGA